GAGGUGACAGCUUGAGGGAGGAGUAGGGGUGGAGCCGUAGGAUGGGUGGGAGGUGACCCGCCAGUGCUGGGGCAGUGCUGGAGUUGCACCGGAGGACCCAGCAGUUGGCUUUCACAUCCAUCAACUUCCAGAGCCAUGAGCCGAAGGAGUCUCUCGCUCCAGUUCCCGCUGCUGCUGCUCCUGCUGCUGCCGCCACCCCCUGUCCUGCUCGCAGACCCUGGGGUGCCCUCACCGGUCAAUCCCUGUUGUUAUUAUCCGUGCCAGAACCAGGGUGUCUGUGUCCGAUUCGGCCUCGACCGCUACCAGUGUGACUGUACUCACACGGGCCACUCGGGCCCCAACUGCACCAUUCCUGAGCUUUGGACCUGGCUGCGGAAUUUCCUGCGACCCAGCCCCUCAUUCACCCAUUUCCUGCUGACACAUGGGCGCUGGUUCUGGGAGUUUGUGAAUGCCACCUUCAUCAGAGAAACACUCAUGCGGCUGAUACUCACAGUACGGUCCAACCUUAUCCCCAGCCCUCCAACCUACAACUUAGCACAUGACUACAUCAGCUGGGAGUCUUUCUCCAAUGUGAGCUACUACACUCGAGUUCUGCCCUCCGUGCCCAAAGACUGCCCCACACCCAUGGGGACCAAAGGGAAGAAGCAGUUGCCUGAUGUUGAGCUCCUGGCCCAGCGACUGCUGCUGAGGAGGAAGUUCAUCCCCGCCCCGCAGGGGACCAACCUCAUGUUUGCCUUCUUUGCACAACAUUUCACCCACCAGUUCUUCAAGACCUCUGGGAAGAUGGGUCCUGGCUUCACCAAGGCCUUGGGCCACGGAAUAGACCUUGGCCACAUUUAUGGAGAUAACUUGGAACGACAGUAUCGCCUGCGUCUCUUCAAGGAUGGGAAACUCAAGUACCAGGUGCUGGACGGAGAGGUGUACCCACCAUCCGUGGGACAGACGUCGGUGUUGAUGCGCUACCCACCGGGCGUCCCGCUCGAGAAUCAGAUGGCUGUGGGCCAGGAGGUGUUUGGGUUGCUCCCAGGGCUGAUGGUCAUCUCCACGAUCUGGUUGCGUGAGCACAACCGCGUGUGCGACUUGCUGAAAGAGGAGCACCCCACCUGGGAUGACGAGCAACUCUUCCAGACCACUCGCCUCAUCCUUAUAGGGGAAACCAUCAAAAUUGUCAUUGAGGAGUAUGUGCAGCAUUUGAGUGGCUACUUCCUGCAGCUCAAGUUUGACCCAGAACUGCUGUUCCGAGCUCAGUUCCAGUACCAAAAUCGCAUCGCCGUGGAGUUCAACCAUCUCUAUCACUGGCACCCACUCAUGCCCGACUCCUUCAAAGUGGGCACGCAAGAGUACAGCUAUGAGCAGUUCUUGUUCAACACCUCCAUGCUGGUGGACUAUGGCAUUGAGGCACUGGUGGAUGCCUUCUCUCGCCAGAGGGCUGGCCAGAUUGGUGGGGGUAGGAACUUUAACCACCACGUUCUGCAUGUGGCCGUGGAUGUCAUCAAGGAGUCCCGAGAGCUGCGCAUACAGCCCUUCAAUGAAUACCGAAAGAGGUUUGGCAUGAAGCCCUACACCUCUUUCCAGGAGCUCACAGGAGAGAAGGAGAUGGCCGCUGAGUUGGAAGAGUUAUAUGGUGACAUCGAUGCUUUAGAGUUCUACCCGGGGCUACUUCUGGAAAAGUGUCAGCCCAACUCCAUCUUUGGGGAGAGUAUGAUAGAGAUUGGGGCUCCCUUUUCCCUCAAGGGUCUCCUAGGAAAUCCCAUUUGUUCUCCAGAGUAUUGGAAGCCCAGCACAUUUGGGGGUGAUGUGGGUUUCAACCUUGUCAACACAGCCUCACUGAAGAAACUGAUCUGCCUCAACACCAAGACCUGCCCCUAUGUUUCCUUCCACGUGCCAGACUCACCCGGAGAUGGUGGGCCUAUUGUAGAGAGACCGUCCUCUGAGCUCUGAGGGGGCAGGGAGGCAGCUUUUUGGAGGGGAGAGCUUUGCGUUUGUCUUUCUAGGAUGCUCUGAGGCUGAGGUAGAUAGAAUGUCUGUUUCCUGCCUUGGCAUUGUGAGAAUUGACACUGACAUUUAGAACUUUGGAUCUUACCCUUGCCUAGAGUAUUGUGAUUUUGCCAUUCUAGGAUGCUGAAUUCUUUGUUAACCCUUAAAAAUAUUAGGAGUGGAUUUUAUCUGGCUUGUCAGAAGUUGGCUCCUUGUUGGCAACCCAGAAGGAAGGUCUGAGUUCUGGUUGAUUUAGAAUAUAGACUUAAAACUUUAUAUUAUAGGGCAUAGUGUGGUAACACACACCUUAAUCCCAGUACUUGGGAGGCAGAGGCAGCUGAAUCACUGUGAGUUUGAGGACAGUCUGUUCUACAUAGUUGGUCACACAGUGAGGCCCUGUCUUCAAACAAACAAACAAACAAACAAACAAACAAACAAACAAACAAACAAUUUUAGAAUGUAGAGCUCCUAAGAAAUUCCUCGAAAGUUACAGGGGUUCUUAAUUUUCUUUCUAGAAUCUGGGGACCCCUCCAGAAUGUUGACUAUCUGAUUGGUGACUCAGAAGGUCAUGUUCCUGGUCAAUGAUCCAUAACAUGGGCCAGAUCAGUCCAUACAUGAAUGUCUAGAAUGUGGAAUUGGUUAAUUUUCCUGUUCAGUGAAAUGGACACAGAACAAAAGAACUCAAUGUCCAACAAGGACUGCCUUGCCCAUGUCUGUUUCUAUACCGAAGGGCAAGGAAGUCAGAUGUUGUUCUUGGGAGUCACACUUAGACCCUUUCCAAAGAUGUGGAGGGAACAGGUGGGAAUCCACCUCAGCUCUGUCCCCAUCUAGGUCUUUGCUCCUGGCAGCUGUUUCUCAUGAAGCUAAUAAAAUUAUCUUUCCAAA